UCCACGCAGCUCCCAAGAACUCAUUCCAGGCAUGGCUGUCUAAGGGCGCCCGUCUCUCCUGUUGUCCUUCCAAACUCUUUCAGGCAUUUUGAUCCCCGGGGUGUUGCAGCCCCCGAGGUCCCAGGGGUUGUGCCAUGCAAGGUCCAGACUGCCUGGCCGCUAUGUCAGCGUGGAGCAGCCGCGGAGGGCGGCCUGGAGGGUUCCCCAGGGUCGCUGCUUAUUAACCAUUCCGCGUGGCUUCCUCCGGAGGAAGAUGUGACAGCUCGCCCGAGGUCCUCGCGCCAUUACUCACAGACUUCCACCAUAAGGAAAGGGUCUUCUGGACAAACACCCUCUAAGAUGUUUAUAUGGACCAGUGGCCGGACCUCCUCAUCUUAUAGGCAUGAUGAAAAAAGAAAUAUUUACCAAAAAAUCAGGGACCACGACCUUCUGGACAAGAGGAAAACAGUCACUGCUCUGAAAGCUGGAGAGGACCGGGCCAUUCUCCUGGGACUGGCCAUGAUGGUCUGUGCCAUCAUGAUGUACUUUCUGCUAGGAAUCACGCUCCUCCGUUCAUACAUGCAAAGUGUUCUUACAUACCCAAGUGUGGCAAGAACUUCGAAGAGUCCCUGUCCAUGGUGAAUGUGGUGAUGGAGAAUUUCAGGAAGUACCAACGCUUCUCCUGCUUCUCCGACCCAUCUGGCAUCCAAAAGAACGUCAUCUUAACCAAACUCUACAGCUCCAACGUGCUGUUCCACUCUCUUUUCUGGCCCACGUGCAUGAUGAGUGGGGGCGUGGCCAUUGUUGCCAUGGUGAAACUCACGCAGUACCUCUCCUUGCUUUGCGAGCGCAUCCAGCGAAUCAACAGAUAGAAGCCAGGCCAGCCGGGACGAGAUUUUUCGUGCAAAUACUGGUUUCUCUCAUUCUUCACCAAAGAACCUUAAGUUUGUAACGUGUCGUCUAUUAUGAGUUCCUUAAUUGAUUCCGAUGCAUAGAGCAAUAACGCAGCUGCUGUUUGAUAUGCAAACGUGAUGUUUCUAUUCUGUAGAAGAUGGGGUGGAGGAUCCCCACAGUUUGGUGUUGGUUGUUUUCAUAUUCUUGGUUCGUUUGUUUGUUCGUUUGUUUGGUUUCCUGGUGACACUAGGACUUCCUUCUCCCCUUCCACCGAGAUAUGAUGCAGUGAAUCGUUUGUCAAGCUUUGUCAAUGAACGUGGUGUGGCGUAUUCUGUGUUCGGAGUCAUCAUCUCUCUCAGAGACAUCUCUGCAAUGUAUUUUCUCAUUCAUUGUUUACCAAAGCUGCAGCCAAAAACAAAAAAAAAUUCCUUUUCUUUUUCUCCAAACCGAAUCCUCUGGCAAGAGAUGGGACCAGGAUACCUUCGGCAAGGGUAUUCACCAUUUUCCUUGUACUGCUACCAUAUCACUGUAAAGAUGAAAUAAAAAUGGUCACCUAUUUUUUUUAUUAUUUUUUACUCACAACAACGUUAGCUUUUUAACAGGAUUGAAAAUGGAAGAAGCUCUGUUCUCACUAGUCAUAUUAUUGUAACCACUACCUGUCUUUUAGGCAGAAAAAGUAUAGCUUUGAUCCCAAUCUUAGGCCUGCUAAGAGGGGAGGGGAUGAUACCCACAAAAGGCUGCCUGUCCUAAGAUUUGAGAGAAUGGUGACAGCCACCCAUAGUCCCAUAAGGCCUGACUUAAGUACAUCCAUAUUGGUACUGGAAGUCUCCCUUCCUAUUAAUUGUCAACAUCUCUCAAUGGAGUGUUCCACAGCAUACAGGGGUGGGGAACCUGCAGCCUGAUGCUACAUGUGGCCCACUAGAUCCCCAAG